AUGGCUCUAGGGAUCCUCGAGCCAAGAGCGAAGAAAGUACCAGGAACGGCGAAUGUGUUCGACCAAGAAUGGAAACGAGAUCCGACAUUGAAAAGGGACAGGACGGGCAAUAUUAUCCUGGUGCCACAACCAAGCGAAGAUCCGAAUGAUCCUCUGAACUGGCCGCUAUGGCAGAGGGACUUGAUGCUCUUGCUGCUUUGUGUCGUUUCCGCGAUUGCAACAACAGCAUCACCACUGGUUGCAGCCAACUCUGUUGUCCUGGCUGUCGUCUUCAGGGUCAAGUUCGAGGACGCCGCUCUUCUCACUGCGUAUCACCUUUGUGGAGUCGGAGUUGCCAGUUGGCUUUUUGUACCUCUCGCCAGAGUAUGGGGUAAACGACAUGUGUUCCUCUUCGGCGCUCUACUCAUGGUCAUCUCUUCAGCCUGGGGUGGCUCGACUGGAAAGAUCUUGGACUACAAGAGUCUUGUCUGGGCAAGGAUAUUCCAGGGUAUCGCACUCGCCCCUUUCGAAUCACUAGUAAAUGAUGUCGUCGGUGACCUGUACUUUGUACAUGAGCGAGGCUUCCGCAUGGCCUUUACAAAUGUCUGCCUCUUCGGAGCCGCCUUUCUGACCCCAGUAUGCGUUGGUUUCAUAACGUCAAACGACUCGUUAGGCUGGCAAUGGUCCUUUUACUUUCUUUCCAUCUUCAUGGGCGCUGGAUUCGUCCUUCUUUUCCUCUUCUUACCAGAAACGGCAUACCAACGGCCUCGAUAUCUCCAGAUCGACGUCAACGUCGGUCCAGUCCCAUUCCAUGAUUCCGUUCCCGCUCCACCCAAACAUAGCUUCUUACAUCGACUCGCGCCGUUCAGCGGCCGCAAGACAGACGAGAGCUUCUUGAAGCUGUUGUUGAGACCGUUCCCUCUCUUCCUUCAGCCAGCAGUGGCAUGGGGAUGUCUUAUGCAAGGAGUCAUCAUCGGCUGGACGGUCAUAGUCGGCGUGAUCCUUGCGAUGAUAUUUCUUGGUCCGCCUCUUUUUUUCACGGAAGAAGAGGCAGGCAAGAUGUAUACUGCCGCAUUCAUUGGUAGCAUGAUCGGUCUGGUCCUGGCUGGCUUCUAUACCGAAUACGUUACUCGUAUCCUUAUCGUCCGCAACGGCGGGCAAUACGAGCCAGAAUUUCGCAUCGCACUUGUCAUACCAACCUUGGUUUUCUCAGGCAUAGGCCUGUACGGGUUUGGCAUCGCCGCAUCCGACAUUGAGAAGUAUGGCUGGUUAGUUGUUGAGGUCUUCCUCGCCAGCAUCACAAUCUCUAUGGUCAUGGGGGCCACAGCGUCAGCCCAAUACCUCCUUGACGCUCAUCGCGAUAUCGCCAUUGAGACGUUCACCUGCCUAAUCAUCUUCAAGAACCUAUUCUCAUUUGUGCUUGCUUACUAUGCUUAUCAGUGGGUUCUGGAGAGAGGCUUCGAGCGCAUGUUUGUGAUUUUCGGUAGCAUCGAGGUCGGCAUCUGUUUAUUGAGCAUUCCAAUGUAUGUUUUCGGCAAAAGAAACAGGGAGUUCUUUUACAGGCAUGACAUACUCAAGUUGGCCAGAUUGAGGUAG